UUAGCGUCACGACAACCACGACAACCACACACACGCACACGCGCAGACAGAGAGCUAGAAAGCUAGCAGAACAUCAGUUUACAGUUAUUACGCUUUGGAUUAUUCAACCGUUUGACAGACACAAUGCUGAUGCACGAGAAACUCAUGUCCGGACAGUUCUUCAAUGAUCUGAAGACUGAUCGCAAGCCUUUGCUGCAUCACCACCACCAUCACCAGUACCACAAUCAUCAUCACCACCACCAGCAACCGUCGCCACAGCAGCAGCAGCAUCAGCAGUCGCAUCAUCAUAUGCAGCAACAGCAUCUGCAUUUGCAGCACAGCCAAUUGCAGCAACAGCAGCAGCAGAGCCUGACCCUGCCCAAAAUGGAUCUAUAUACCGCCUACGCCUAUCAACAGCAGCUCCUUGGCGCUGCACUCAGCCAACAACAGCAGCAGCAGCAACAACAGCAGCAGCAGGCAACCGUUGGUCCUGCCGCCACCGAGGUCCUGGAUCUGUCUCGUCGCUGCGACAGCGUGGAGACGCCCCGGAAGACGCCCUCGCCUUACCAAACCAACUACAGCUACGGCAGCGGCUCGCCCUCGGCCUCACCCACGGCCACGAGCUCCAUACCGAACAGCCUUCUGUACUCCGUCCAGCAGCAGCAACAGCAGCUGGCUAGCCUAUAUCCGGCCUUUUACUACGGCGCCAACAUCAAGCAGGAGCCAUCCGCUGCACCCAAGGUGACGCCCAGUGCCAAUCCCAGUGUCACGGCCACCGCCACCGCCAGCCUGCUGCAGACAUUCGCUGCUGCAUCCGCGGCCGCAGCCGCUGCAGCUGUUGGGGUGUCCCCACGCCCGACCAGCAAUGCCAGCACCAUGCAGAUCGAUGUCUUGGAGACGCCACAAUCACCGCCCGCGGCACAGACCCAAGCCCAGACCACCAGCAGCAGCACCACCGCCUCCACAACGCCCACCAGCAGCACCAUGACAACGAGCAGCGCCUCCGACGCGGGCAAGAGCACACGUCCCUUUAAGGCAUUCCCCCGCGAUCCGCUGGUGAUUGCCGCCAACUUUGCGGCCACCGAUGUGCUGCUGGACAAUCCGCGCGUUGAGCGCUACACAGAGUACCGGAAGCGAGUGCUCGAACAGAUCCGCAGCUCGAACGGCGGCUCCCGCACCGUGACGAAUCCCAAAAUGCGACGCACCAACUCGCGCAGCGGCAGCGUUAACGAGGGCAGCUCCUCGACAAACAACAGUGAGAGCGAAGAUCGUGCAGCUGCCGAGGAGUCCAGCGAUUGUGAUUCACAUGCCGGAAACUACGAGUCCAAGUCCACAGGCGGCUCUCACUCGAAUGGCAGCAACGCGGGGGCGGCCAAUGCCAGCUUCCAGCCGUCCAGCGGCGGUCAGGUGAAGGAUGCCGCCUACUACGAGCGGCGUCGCAAGAACAACGCGGCGGCCAAGAAGUCGCGUGAUCGUCGCCGCAUCAAGGAGGAUGAGAUUGCCAUCCGGGCCGCCUACCUCGAGCGCCAGAAUAUCGAGCUGCUGUGCCAGAUUGAUGCGCUCAAGGCGCAGCUGUCUGCCUUCACGGCCAAGGUAGCCACUGCCUAAGACCAUUAACGAUCAUCGAUCCCAAUCGCCAGAGCCAAAUACGGCUGCUUGUUGCGUUGAACGCGUGCGAGUCUCAGUUCAGAUUGGUUUCGAUUCGCCAGCCAGUUCCUAUCUUUAUCAAUAUCUAUAUACACAUAUUUUUUUUUUGGGUCAGCUUAUCUGUGAAUAUCCUGGGGGGCUCUUAUUUUCGCUAUCUGAGCUGUACCACACACCUCGCACCACCAUCUCGCAUUUAAGUACUUUAAGUUCUUGGAUAUGCGGAUACACCGCCGCGGAUACGUUAUAUUUGUAAAAUGUAGUCCCUUCCCUGCAGUCCCCUCCCUUAUCCAGCUCCUGCUCCUGCUCAUACACAGCCCUGCCCUACCCUACCAUCAUUGUAGAAAUCCUCCCCAACUAGAGUUAGUAAAACGAUUUAAGCCAAUUUUUUUCAUAGUUCUUAAGUGCAAAAUCAAAUAUACAUAGGAAAAAAAAGGA